AUGGUGUCAAUCAUACAAUUGAAGGAGAAGAAACUAAUGGAUAUCAAAAUACAGGAACUGCCGAGCUGGAUACUGAUGUGGGAUUCCACCCCUGAAGGCAUUGCUGGAGUGUUUCAAAGAGGUUACUACCAGAAGAAGAAAGGGAACAUUGCUGAGCUUUCUAUGGUACUGGCAGCUUAUGUGUUUUUUAACUACUGCCGUUCUUAUAAGGAACUCAAAUAUGAGCACUAA